GGCCGCGCUGGGUUUGGAAUCGCAGAAUUGUUUAGGGUGGAAAAAAAAAAAAAAAAACUAGAUCAGCAUCGAGCCCAGCCACUCUGCAGCGCUGCCAAGGCCACCGCAGACCCUUGUGCCCAUGUGCCACAUCCUCACGGCGGUUAAACCCCUCCGGAAUGGGCCCUGAGCAGGUUUUAUUUGGGAAGUUUAACCCUUUCCAGAGGCGCCCUGGGGAGCUGCAGGCGGGGCCGGUCCGCACAAGCCGCGCCGGGCAGAGCUGCACCCGUCGGAUGUGACUCAACCCCGGCUCAUCCCGCUCCUCCCCUGCCCCGCCGGUGCCUCUCCGGUGUCCCCGCCGCCCGUGGGACCCUCUCUGCCAUCGGUACUGUCGUGACCGAAGCCGCUCCGGAGCCAGAGCUGCCCCYGUGCUCCGCAUGGACCCCCCGGCGCCGGAUGGGGCUGAGGCACCGCUGGAGGGGGGASCCGAGGAUGAGGAGCCCGAGGGGUCGCAGCGCCCGGCGGGGCGGUGGUCGGGACCCGAGGUGCGCUCCUGGCUGGCGGCGCACGGGGCCGGGGCGCUGGCGGAGCGGGCUCGGGAUCAUUUCCUGACGGGCCGAGCGCUGCUGCGCCUCACCGAGGGGUCCCUGAGGCGUUUGGGGGUCACCCCGAGGAGCCGCCGGCGGGAGCUGCUGCGGGAGCUGCUGCGGCUGCGGCUGCAGCACGAGAUGCAGGAGCUGCGGAGCAUCGCGGGCGGGUUUGCAGCGAGCAGUGAAGAUCUCCAGACAGAUGGGACUGGACUCACCAAGGCACGAGUUCCAACCAGGACAYUGAGUCUGCUUGAGAAACUGAGGCACAGCUCCACUCCAGUCAAAGGGGAAGGGACCUUUCCAWGUGCUGUUGACAACUUUUACUGCGAUGAAACUGGGCAGAGUGAAAUUAUGGAUACAAAYUUCCAGAAUUAAAAGGGCUGAAUCACCUUGGGAAGAAGGCACGAGUUUGUCAAAACUGUUUUACAAAACCCAAUGGCACCAGACUUUGUUUCAGCAUCCCCAGGAGUGUUGGUUUGAGCCCUGGCUGAACACCGAGACAUCCACAGGAGGCCAGGGAGGAGGGGGAACCUAAUUAACACAAGGAUUAAUGAGCUUUAAAUAAGAAAUGGAGGGAAAGGUAGGUGUGGGAAUCCAGCAACAGACUGCGGGCAGCCUCUCAUUGUGGCCUUGAGUGUUACAGAUAAACAGAUAAAAUUUGAGAUAAAUAAAGCCAUGGAACGUGAAUUGUGUGCGAGCCAGUUAGAAAAAGAGCUCAGCUGCUGUCAAAGGAGAAAUUCGAGUACAUGAGGAGCAUUUUUAAGAGCUGAAUGAUCUCCUGCUGGGAUGAAGAGUGCAGGAAGGAGCUGCUGUUAAAGAAGAUGUUUGGGUACCAGCUGAGGGCAUUUGUGGAGGAGUCACGGAAGAUUUUGGAGAGGAAGAGCGUCAUGGUUUUACUUGGUCUGAUUUUUGGUGGUGGGGGGAUGGGACCAAGAAACCACAAAGAUGGCUCCUGUGAGGAAGUUCUAGAAGCUUUCUCCUUCUUCUCCAGCAAAAGGAGCCCUACCCCCUGUGUUUUAGAACCAAUCCAUUGUGGCUCUGAGGUUGAUGGACAGGCUGCCCAUCAGGCUGGGCUAAUUGCACAGGUUGGUUACACCUCUGUGAUGACAUAUUAUGUAGUAUUUAAGAAGAAUUCAAAACAUGAUAGAGGGAGGCCGCCAUGUUAGCUUUAGGUUGUUAGUAUGUAGUUUUAGUAUCAUGCACUGGAAAAAUAACAGAGCAGGAGGGUGAGGAGAUGUAAGAAAAAAAAUGGAGACCGGAGAUCAGUAAGGAGAAGACUGGAUGAUUGCUGUGCUGUGCUGUGGUUCUUGAACAUGGAGAAAAUAAGUGUCUAGGAAAGGACUAUUUCAUUAUUGAGAGAGACCUGAAUAGGAAAAAAAGAGAGUGACCCUGCUCUGAGG